AUGAGCUGCCAAAUUAACCUGCAAAGACUGCCAGUACGUGUUGUAGACGAAGUUAUGACGCCAGAGAAUGUGCCAUUGAGCAGCACUUUCCCCAAAUCCACGUCUGCCCUCUGGGAUACCUCCCAUACAGGAGAUGCACUUAGUCUCCACCUCUGCUAUUACAGAAACCCAAGACUCCUUCUGUCAGAGAAGACGCUGCGCUUGGCUCAUCGGCACGCUCGGCAGAGCAACAAGCCCAAGUUCAGCUGUUUCUUUGUUGGAUCUAUUGUGGUGGACGCAGAUGAGGAAGGCGUCACUGUGACACUGGACCGCUUUGACCCUGGUCGGGACCAACCUGGGACCCCUGAGCGGGUACCAUCUGCUUUGGUGCCAGGGGAUGUUCUGGUUUCCUGUGUGUUUGUCACACAGAGGGAGAUGGACCCUGAUGCUGCGGUACAAUCUGUGGCAGACCUCCAGGCCUCUUUCAAGCAGGAUAUUGGCAGUAGAAAUCCCGUGGACUUGGCCAAGCUGCUGAGUAUCCAAGGUCAGAUCAGCUGGUCUCAGCAAGCCGACAGCCUGUCUCUCUGUCUGUAUUGGACGGGGGUCACCAUCGCCUCCACCCUGGACAUGGAACCUAUCAGAGCCAUCCCGAUAAUUCCCACUGCUCUGGCCCGAAAUCUAACUGGUCUUUCCAGCCUAGCUCAGCCCAUACACAGUGCCAAUCGCCGGCGAGGCUUUCUGACCAUGGACCAGACCCGCAAGCUCCUCCUCCUCCUGGAGUCUGACCCCAAAGCCUCCAGCUUGCCACUAGUGGGCGUGUGGCUGAGUGGACUAACCCACAUCACCAACCCCCAGGUGUGGGCAUGGUGUCUUCACUUUCUCUUUAGCGCCUCUCUUCAUGAUAGAGUGCUGUCAGACAGAGGCUGGUUCCUAGUGGUGUUGUUCUCUCUGACCCACAGCCAGGCUCAGUUCUACCAGUGCCAAAUGAGCAACAAGGACACUGGUCAGCAUGACAUGGAUUACCAGCUGCUAACCGGUUCUCAGACUGUCACGCUUUACCAGCAUGUGGAGGUACCAGGGGAGCAAUCUCUCCAGUGUGAGCUGACCACUGAGGUCUCCAACCAGCAGAGGGAACUUUUCAGAGAGCUGCUGGAUCAGAAUUCACUCCUCAGUGCCCCCCCUCCAGCCCGCCUCCUCUCUGCCAAUGACCAGGACUCUGGCAUGGAGGAUGGAGAUUUGUCUCCUCGACCUUCCCCCAAACCUCAUCCCCCUGCCCAACAGCAAAGGACUGUCCUGCCGUCUGUUCCUGAGCUCUCUCUAUUGGUGGACACCAGCUUCAUCAGGUCGAACCAGAUUGGCCAACAAAAUCCUGGCUCUUCUCAAAGUCCCCCAUGUCCUGCCCAGCUUCUCCACCCAGUCCCUCAUGACAGAGGAUCCUUGGGCCCCUCUUUCAGGAAUGCCUCCAAGAAGUCAGUUCCUCCAUCUGGAAACAUCACCAAAUCGCCAUCAUCAUCCUCUUCUUCUCCAGCAGCUCGUUGGUCACAUGAUUCUGCCUACCAACCCAGACCAGCUCCAACUCAAACCAAACACCUCCAUAGCACCCCCACCCCCAGUCAGCGCUGUAGCUGCUGCUCCAGCAAGACACACAACUUUACCCCCAUCCUUCCCUGUCCUUCCUUCAGCCCUUGGCAGGCUGCCCCUACCUACCCUGCACCUCCCGUUCACCCUUUUCCUCCACCCAGCCAGCUCACUAACUCACCUCCUCAGCCUGCUCUUCCACACAGCGGUCAAACUCUGGGUCAGUGGAGCAGGGAGUCCACCCCUCAUCGAUCAGGCAGCUGUUCCUGUCCAUCUUACCAAGCUCAACCCCAGCUCCCAACACACAGAACUAACAUACCAGGUCCUCCAUCCUCCACCUGUCUGAAGCCCUGCUGUCAAGACUGGGUGAGGGGGGUCCUUCCCCCUGCUGCUUACAACAUCCUCAUCAACCAGGACCACCAGCUCCGACUCCUCCAGGCUCAGAUAAAGAUGCUCCUGGAAGCCCAGGGAACUGCUCUGCCAACCAGUCAACAGCCAGACGAUCAGACAUCCAACCCAGUUUGUCAACAACCAGACAACCAGACAGCCAACCUAGCCUGUCAACAGCCAGAUAACGGUACAUCCAUACCAGCUGGACCCCAACUAAAAAGCACCGUCAGCAUCGCUGUUGAAACAGGAGCCAGUUUGUUUUCACCAUCUUCUCCACCCUUCCAUCCCCCCUACCAUGGAUUCACCUGUAGCACUAAUCCCACCCCCCAGAAGCCAGGGGACGGAGCUGAGUGUCAGGACGGUUCUCCUUCAGACCUGCUCAGGGCUCAGAAGAUGCUGCGUAGCGGAGCUGUGCGGAGUCCAGUGCUGGGAGAGAGUGUCACCAUGUAUGAGGUCGAUCAGAGCACUUCACAACAGGACCCACACAAGUUCUAUGAGGACCUGCUGGGCCAGGUUACCAGUCGCCUCCAGGCCUCAGAGAGCCAGGAAAACUCUGGGGGGGACGUCAGUCUGUCUACUGAAGGUUCACAGUCCUCCUCCUCCCAGUCAGACAGCUCCCUGAAGAGAGAACCUUGGCCAGGAGGAGAUCAGAGAAGACAGCAGUGGUCAGGAGCAGAUCUGGUCUGGAGUGCGGCCCUGCAGCAGCUUGCUGUUAAAGUGGAUCCAGAUUCCGGCCAAUUGGACAGAACCACAGACAGCACAGUAGAACCCACCAGUAUUUUAGCCUGCAUAAACCCCACUGUGGUCCUGCCCAGACUGAGCCUGUCCCAAUCAGCAGAGGGCAGCCUGUUUGUCGGAGGCAGCAUGGACCUCAGCAUGGAGGCCAAUGCCAUUGCCCUGCGCUACCUCUCUGACACCCAGCUUUCCAGACUGUCCAUGGGAACCCAUUCCUCUCCACUGAGGCAAUCUGCCAGCCUGAACCCCCUCUCUCCCAGCAACAUGUCUUUGGCAACCAGGAGGUACAUGAGGAAGUACGGUCUACUAGAGGAACAACAGGAGAAGGAGGAAGAGGGGCUCUGUGAUGACAUCACAGCAGAUGAGACAAUGGUUCGUCAGCCACUGUCUGAUGCUUUAAAUGUUAAAGUCAGAAAGUCUCCCCUCCACCACUGCCAGACAUCAGAAUCUCAGAGCCAGCUGAUCAAGGACCUGCGUCCUAAAAUGCACCUCCUGGUGCAGUCCAACCCAACCAGUUCCAACAAGGAGAACCAUGCUGUCCGGCUGCCAUCUGUAGGUGGGGAAGGUGGUGCCUCACAGUCAGAGGAUUCAGUGGGAAACUUUUUGGACCUGAGUCGACUGAGACAACUGCCCAAACUCUUCUGAGAGACGGACACCAAACACGGAAAGAGAAGGAUGAAGGUCUAAGCAGAGUGGUUUAGUAUUGUUAUAGUUUAUGGUGCUCGGUCUGUGUGUGCAUGUCCCUGUCCUGCUGUGAAGACAGUCUUUAUUCAAGGACUUGAAUUAAUGCCGCCACUUGUGCUGUGCAGGUAACUGCUUUACUUUACUUCCAUCUCUCCUACAGACGUAGCCUGUUUUGUCCCCCAGUUUGUUUUUGCUUGAUGAGAAGUGGACGUGUGGGUGCCGAGUACUGACCAGAGUCAUGAAGUGUGUGCGCUUCAUUCUAAUCAUCCUGUCAGUUCUGUAUUCUCAUCAUCCUGUCAGUUCUGUAUUCUAAUCAUCCUGCCAGUUCUGUAUUCUCAACGUCCUGUCAGUUCUGUAUUCUCAUCAUGCUGUCAGUUCUGUAUUCCAAGUUUUAUAAUUAUGAUUUCCUAAUAAAUGUGCAA